CCGUACUUCUGCUGACCAGCCAGCCAAUGAGAUCGCCAUUAUUAAAGCACUGACCAUUCCCCCACGUGGUCAAACGUCGGGCGGAGGAAGAAAACUUUGCCCAACAUCACUGCAGCUUCACAAUCGCUUUAUCUAUGGCCUCCAAUUCUCAGGGAGGUGUUCAAGAGGCCUUGGUGCUCAUUGAGAACGCCGGGUUAUCUCAUCCAUCUGGCCCAUUGCUCUCAUCCUUCGUCACGGAGGCUCUCAGCCCGAGGCUGGCCGCCCAACACGUUCUGUGGACGUGUCAGACUAGUCCUGACCGAGAAGCCGAUCUUCUUUCACUCGUCUCUGACUGGGCCUAUAUUGUCGAAUCUUUCUCUCUUCAUGGCUCUCCCGCGCCCGCACCCGACGCUUCCACUCAGCUUGCCAUUACCAAGCGAGAUGGAUUCAAGUGUUGCAUUACAGGCAAAGCAGGCCAUUUCUGGGAUCCGCUGGUCGUUGUUCCAAUCCUUCCAGUGCCCUCUAAUUUGACUGAACCCGAGCCCCGAAUCUUCGAUAUGCUCGGCGCUUUCUUUACCCCGCCAUAUCGUGACUGGUGGCUCAGUCAUACUCGAAACCCCGGGGACAUGAGCCCGUAUUAUACUCACUGGCUCGUCAGAAAAUCAGCCGCUGAUGCCUUUUCCCGGGGCCUUCUGAGGUUAAAUAGAAUACAACCGUCAAUGAUUGAAUAUGAGGUCCAACCAAUAUCCAUCGGCAGCCUGGCAAACCCCAUCGAUCUCGACGGCUCUUAUCCGCUUUUGGGUGAUCACUCUCGAUCCGGGACCAAGAAGGUUGAUGCACGUUUUGUGGGAACCCACGCGCGACUUGCCCCGAGCAUUCGGUGGCUCGAUGUUGCUAAAUAUGCAUCCUUGAACAAGCGCAUUGGACCACCCCCUACGACCGUUCUAGCAAAUCAGCAAAUUACAAAUCGGCAGUUUGGUCAAAGCCACGGUUUCUCCCUGAUGGAAUUUUUCAACAGCAUCUGCCUCGCAGCCUGGCGCACAGUCCCGGCUAGGGCCCGAAUAGCGACUUACAGGCUGUUGCAAAAGGUGGGACGUCGCAUUUAUGGAGCGCCCGGCCCCUUCUGCCUCGUUCAAAGACUCCCGUUCGGACUGUACCUGAAGUAUUUGGGGGACCCCGAUGGCUUACACAACGAGUUCAAUGCCAUACAAAUGGUCCGCCAGUAUACUUCGAUUCCUGUUCCCCGACCGCUUGACAUAGUCUCCAAACCGACAGAAUCAGAAGACGGCUUGUAUAGUCGCGACGCGUACCUUCUCACAACCCGCAUACCUGGUGUUCCACUUUCCUAUUGCCGGGAAAUGCUAUCGGACGAAGACGCCGCCGAUUUUGUUGCUCAAAUGCAAGACUACCUGACCCAACUUCGAGCCAUCCCUAAGGCCGUUAGCCCGGAAUAUGCCAUUUGUAAUACUUUGGGUGGACCUUGCAGAGACACUCGCAUCCAGGGUGGAAAUCCUGUGGGACCGUUCGUGGACGAGGCGAGCUUUAGCCAGUUGCUGCGUAACCCGGAUGAGCCAAGUCGCAGAGGGCACAAGAUUGUCUUCACGCAUGCAGAUUUGAAUUCGCGGAAUAUCUUGGUUGACCAAGUCACUAGGCCGGAUGGGACUAGGGGCUGGAGGGUCAUGGGGAUUGUCGAUUGGGAAAACUCCGGUUAUUAUCCCGAAUAUUGGGACUAUACAAAAGCCUUGUUUGAAGGAUUUAGAUAUACGCAACGAUGGCGCAACGUGAUGCAUGAGACUUUUAGGGCCUUCGGGGACUUCUCGAAAGAGUUUGAGGUGGAGAAGAGAAGCUGGGAGGAAGGAGAUUAUGUUUAGAUGGUAUUAUAUAAUAGGUAUUUAUCCGGGAGCUGUCUACAAUCGUCUAUCCAGAGGCGAAGCGGCGAUUCUCGUGCAGCGGCGAACGAACCGGCGGAAAUUGCAUUACCUCGCAAAGAUCAACGCCUCUCCCACUGACCAAUGCGAAUAUGAUCAGCUUGAAACGGUGGUAGCUGUAACAAUCACAUUUGCCAAAAGCACCGGCGGAUUGCAUCAGCCGCCCAAGAACAGUCAUCAGUAAGAUGAGCCGUGGAGUAUCCCUCGCCCGGGUUUUGCACGGUUUGUGCCCAGGUAUAUACGAAGUAUUAGAGGCCUCCCAUAAUUAUUGCCUAAGAC